AUAAUUAGUUGAUGGCCCGGACGGAGACACUAUGGCUGGCUAGAUAACUAAUAAUGAAUGGUCAGGGACCAAAUACUCAACCAGGGUUUCCUGAUAGGCCCAGACAACAGAGGCCCAAGUUCAACUUCAAUAGCAGAGAUGUGAAGAGAGAGAUAACCCCAGACUUCAUGGCCUCUCAGUUGGCCUCCUUUGGGAGCUCAGCCAAAUUAAAGUCGUUGCCAGGCCAACCACCAUCAAAUCCUUCAAAGCAGCAGCAGCAGCAGAUGGGACCUGGCUUUGGUCAGGGUUUUGGUCCUGGAUUUCCUCAGAUGAAUCAAGGUUUUAGGCAGCAGGCAAUGCCUCAAAAUAUGGGAUUUCAAGGACAAGCAUUCAUGCAGCCCCAAAUGCAAUAUAAUAUGCAAAGUAUGCCUGGACAAUUUAGCACUGGGCCCAAUAACGCAUCAUUUAGUAUGACCGGCCCUCAGCCAUCAUCUUUUGGCAUGACUUCUCAGCCACAACCGACACCUUUUGGUAUGACCUCCCAGCCACAGCCGACACCUUUUGGCAUGCCUGCACAAGCUCAGCCCACACCUUUUGGCAUGCCUGCACAAGCUCAGCCCACACCUUUUGGCAUGCCUGCACAAGCUCAGCCCACACCUUUUGGCAUGCCUGCCCAACCAAAACAAACUUUCAACUCUCCUUCACCACACCAAGGGUCGGGUGAUAUGUUUAACUCUUUCAACCAGGCUACAGUUUCUACUAAACCAUCUACAGCCAGUGGCUUCGACCCUUUUUCCAAUCUCCGCUCCACAAAACAAGAAAGUAGCUCCAGCGACCCCUUCAAAUCAACCUCCACAUUACCGGCCCAACCAGCCGCUAGCCAAGAAUUUGAUGCAUUUGGUGCUAAGCCCUUCGCUGCAAACAUUGGACCAUCUACUCAAAGUGCUUCUCUUGUCCCCCAACCAGACACGUAUUCUGGUUUUGACAGUUUGUCUGGGCUCUCAUCUCAUAGCUCUUCAUCUAUCCUUUCCUCUAAAACCCCCAAGCCUCCAGCUGCAUCGGUAGCACCAACCGUCGGAGAUUUUUCAGUAUUUAGUAGCAUGUCUACCAGUCAACCCACUCCCGCUUCAUUAGCGUCAUCAGGGUUUGACAGUAUGUUUGGUUCACAGCAAAAACCGUCAGUUCAAAAACCGUCAGGGAUUGAAAGUUCUUUUCCAACUUCAGCUCCUGUAUCCUCUGCUGUCAAGUCUCUGUCACAGUUUGAAAGUUCAUUCAAUCCACCCUUGGCUGCUCCGAAAUCAGAAAUUGCUUUUGACAGCGUCUUUUCACCGACUCACCGACUGCAAUUCCUCCAAAGUCUGACAUUUCGUUUGACAAGUGCAUUUCCGUCUACCAAACCCGCGUUAUCUGCUUCAACAUCAGCCUUUGGUGAUGCCUUCACUUCUCCAGCUCCCUCAAGUCAGAACUUUGGAUUUGAGAGUUCAUUUGAACCUGCACCUUUAUCUGCAGCGUCAAUAAGUUCUGUGUUUGCUCCGAUAGCUAGCCCAAUUAAUGCAUUCGACGAUAAUUUUGCUGCCAUUUCGAGCAAGGGAGCAAGUGUUAAACCAUCAACUGUUCCUGACAGUUUCGGACAGAUGCCGUUUAGUGCGGCAGCACCUAGUAUGGACAUGUUCAGCACAUCUAGCAGUUCUGCAGAUAUCUUUACUGGUGGAAUAAAGUUCCCAGAGCCGUCUCAGCCUUCAACUGUAGCCAAGCCACAGCCACCUCCUUCAGUAGAUCUGUUCAGUGCAGCCCUAGCAAAGCAACCCAUCCCCACUCAGCCUGGUGGAGUUGAUUUGUUCAGCAGUAAGCCUUCUGUCAGUUCUGUUAGUUCUGUUGAUAAAUACAGUGUGUUCAGUGCUCUGAACACUGGUUUUAAUGAACCUUCCUCAGACUUCUCCCCAUUUCCACCAGAACCUAUCUACUCUCAACCUCAACCUCCAGCAAAACCAGAGGCUCCCCUGCAGACUUUCCAGGGAACCGACAUGUUUGACGACGCAUUUGAUCCGUUUGGCGAGAAGAAACCUCAGCCUGCAGCUGCUGUGUCACAACCGAACUUUGAUCAGUUUGAUGUGUUUUCUCAACUUUCUACUGCUAAACCUCCGGAGGUGAUGGCUCAAGAAAAUAGUGGUUCUGGUUCUAUUGUGAGGCAGAGACCUUCUUCCAAAACGCCGGCCAUGAUGGUAGUUCUCCCUCCUCCCGCUAAAGCAGCGGACAGAAAGAAACCUCCAAAACCUGCCCCACCUUCAAAACCUGCCCCACCCUUCAUAUCAAAACAGCCUGACUUAUUCUCACCAUCAACUGCUGGAGCCGCUACUGGCUUUCCUGAAUCUGCUGCUGUAUUCGAUCCAUUCUUCAACAGCUCAGGACGGGUUGAGACUGAUGGGGCUGCCUUUGGAAAGCCAGCUCGACUCGUAGCUUCAGUCAAUCAACGAACAAGACAGGUUUCAGCACAGCCAGCCCCCAGAAGAGCUAAACGGAGAGCACCGCCUCCCCCAACCAAACAAUCAAGCGGUGGACCUACGUUUUAUGCUGGAGACAAGAACAAAGCAGUUAUUUCGUUGUUGGACUUAGACUUCAAUGCCCCUGCAGUCGUAAGUUCAGGGGCACCACCCCCACAGCCACUACUCAUACUGCCUACUGCUGAUAUUAUGAGUAAGGGGGCGCCACCCUCUCGUCCUCCUCCUCCUAAAUCAGGCGAUGAUGUAGUUGCACUGCAGCCCACUUUUGAUGGACUAGCACCACCAUUACCACCAAGACCUGGUCCUGGACACAUACUUUACCAUCACGUACUGAAAGCUGGCCCUUAUUGUGUUGCCCUGUUUGAGUUUGAGGCUGAGAGCAGUGACGAACUAAACUUCAAGGCAGGCGAUGGCAUAAAAUUGGACAGUGACCUCUCUGAUGAAUGGUUCGCUGGUAGUAUCGGUAACAGACGUGGCAUUUUCCCGAAGAAUUGUGUCGAAGUGAAAAUUCCUCUGCCUGCGCGAUCAGAUACACCUGCCGCCAUCCCCUCCCCAGCUAGGACCCUUUCCCCAGCCUCCUCUCCGUCUCCAAUACCAGAUGCUAUAGACACUGCUGCUGAUGCAGGUCCUAAAGAAGACUCGGCUCCUAAAAAAGAUCUGUUCAACGCUUGGGGUGAUUCUCGCACACCAUCCCCACCUCCUAUACCAUCUGAACCUGAACCGACCAGUACUCCCACCCCAGAACCUUCUCCAGCACCAGUUCCAGCACCAGUUCCAGAGCCUACACCUCCAGAGCUAACUCCUAUUGGCACCUGCAUUGCUAUCUACUCCUUCGAGGCUCAGGAAUCUGACGAGCUUUCUAUCAUCGAGGGGGGCACUGUCGAAGUUGUAGAGUUUGUAGACGAUGAUUGGAUCAAGGGAAGAGUUGGUGACCAAGUUGGUAUUUUCCCCCGAUCAUAUGCCUCGUUUGGAGACGAAGAAGUAGAAGAAGAAGCGUUGGAAGAGAUAUUGGAGGAAGAUACACAUUCAAUGGGCGUUUUCUAUGACUUUGAAGCAGGAGCUGACGAUGAGUUGAGUUUGACGGCGGGUGAUAUGGUUAAAGUUAUUAGUACUGUUGGAGUGGAGUGGAUUAAAGGGAGAUUUGGAGGCAAAGAAGGAAUAUUUCCCGCUUGUUUUGUUCCAGCUAUUCCUGACCACUGGAAUAUUCCCGAAGACUCUGAAACUUUCACUGAAAACUUUGAGACUACCGAGGAGAGUAGUAGCAGUAGCAGUAGCAGUAGCAGUGACGAUCACAAGGACACAAUGUCAGAGAUAAGCGAUUCAAGAAGUUACUCUGCAGAACCCAGCUCUGAUUUGGGCAGAGUCGAGAUUAUAGCUGACUUUAAAGCAGAGAAUGAUUUCGAAAUGAGUGUAAACACGGGAGACAUAGUGAAAAUAACAGCGCGACUAAACGACCUGUGGUUAGAGGGGGAGUGCCACGGUAAUAACGGUAUUCUACCAGUUAACUUUGUGAAGUGGCUCGAUACUACACCUGAGCCUGAUAUUAUCGGAAAUCCAGCUGCGACUGAUAGACUGGUUCUAGAGCGUCAGGACACUAUAAAACCCAUCGAAGAGCCUAAAGAAACAGAAGUUACUCCAGCACCACUUGGUAUAGGGUUCAGCGAGUGCAAUCCCUUCGCUCAAGAGUUUGGCAUCGGAGCUACACCCCCGACUCAAGAGUUUGGCAUCGGGGCUCCACCCCCGACUCAAGAGUUUGGCAUCAGGGCUACACCCCCGACUCAAGAGUUUGGCAUCAGGGCUACACCCCCGACUCAAGAGUUUGGCAUCGGGGCUAUACCCCUGACUCAAGAGUUUGGCAUCAGGGCUACACCCCCGACUCAAGAGUUUGGCAUCGGGGCCACACCCCCGACUCAAGAGAGCUUGACUGGCGAUCUACCGCCUCCCCCCACUCAAGAGGAUUUGGAUCAAACUUUAGUCCAUGCUGAUAACCCUUUUACUGCGGACCUGUUUGGGGAUAAUGUUGGGGUUGUAGAGACACCUUCCCCUUCUACUCCUACUACUGAACCGUCCGUUAAAUCAGGCAAUAAUAGAAGAGCGUUAUACGAAUUUACCUCUGUCAACGAUGAUGAAUUAGAUUUCGAACUAGGAGACAUAAUAAAAGUUACUGAAUUCUUGAAUGAAGAUUGGCUAAGAGGAACGUGCAAAGGAAAAGAGGGACUGUUCCCAACAUCAUUUACCGAGGAAUUUCCUCAAUCUUAAUGUUGAUUUUAUGAAAAUUCUCUUGACGAGAUAAUAAUUGUCAGUUGACAAUGUAAACUUUCUUUGUGUACAUCAUUUGAUGCAGCAGCAGCUGCAGACACCAAUAUCCAUCCAAGCUUUUAAUUUCACAAUCAUCGCAAAUUUAUAGUUUAAAAUUGUUUGAUUGAUUCAUCCCACUACUUCCCUUCUUUUAUCUCAAUUUCGUAUUUUUACUUUAAUUAAUGUUUUGAGGCAUUCUUAUCAAGAUUUUUAAAUCGUUUUAGCCACAUAAUGACUCCAAUAUUACAAUGCGAUGGAAGUUACAGGGAGGGGGGGGGGCCUGAAGUUAUAGUGAUGACUAAAGGAGUGGCAACAUGUUAUGUGCGCGUCUUUCAUUUCAUGUCUUUUUGAAUUGUAAUUACUUUUAUAUACAAAGAUAGAACGACUUUUAGCAAUAACUCAAUGCUCAAACUACGUCGAUGCUCGAAAGAUCUUUUGAAUAAUUUAAUAACAAUGUUUUAUUUUUGUUAUUUUGAAAUUCAUUCACGGAACUGGAUAAUAAGUAUGGAGAGUUAACUAACCCUAACCAGUUGGUCCACUCAUUUUUAUAUCAAUGUGAUUCGAGCACAGCAAAUGGCUGUAGACUAUAGUUUUAGAUAGAGUACUGUGUACCAAUCUUGUGACUUGAAUUUUAAGAUAACAGGACUUUGUAUUUCUUUAAAUGUUUACGAUUGAUUGGAAUGUGAA